GCAGCGUGCGCGGUAGACACUCGCGGUACAGAGGGAUCACAAGGGAUCAGCAGCUCCCAAUCAGUGAAAGCAGUUUCAAACCAGGAAGUGGCAGGAGUUAAAAUGGCUUCUAAAGAGCAGGUCGUGAAUUUAACAUGGGAGCUAAUUUGUCCCAUCUGCCUGGAUUUCUUCACCGAUCCGGUGUCACUGGAGUGUGGGCACAACUUCUGCCGCUCCUGUAUCACACAGAGUUGGGACAGGGAGGAGAGAAACUCCUGCCCGGAAUGUAGAGACGAGUUUGCUGACCGCACCCUCAGGGUGAAUCGGGCCUUGGCGAGAAUGUCUGAGAAAGCUCGAACACUGAGCCUGAAUACGGAAGAGAAGGAAAGUAAACAUCACUGCGAGGAACAUCAGGAAGAACUGAAGCUGUUUUGUGAAACGGACAAGAAACUGAUCUGUGUGGUUUGUCGAGAUGCGCGGGAACACAAGUCUCACAGCUUCAUACCGAUUAAAGAAGCUGUUGAAACCUACAAGGAUCAGGUUAAAUCAUCCAUACAAUCUCUGACAACAAAUAAAUCAGCCAUCCAGGAAAUGGAAGAGCAACAGAAGCAGAAGAUUUCCCAAGUCCGGGUGCAGUCACAAAGCCUUAAGUCUCAGGUCACAUCUCAGUUAGCUGAACUGAACCAGCUGCUCAAGAAGAAAGGGAAGCGCCUUCUCAGAGAGAUCAAGGAGGAUGCGGAGAAGAUUCUAAGUCCAAUGGAGAAAAAUCUUCAAGACAUUCAAGAUAAUUUAAACACUAUUGAGGAGGAACUCUCAAAGCUGCGGAGGCGAAUGGAACAAACAGACAUCGUGUUAUUUCUGAAGGAGGAAGCUGGUCGCAAGAGGAGAAUUAGUGAUGAACAACACACAUUGUCACUGAGAGAUGGUGCCAUGCUGGAUGAAAAAUUCAAACACCUCUUCUGGUUGAACGCAGUGUUGAGAGAACCCAUUGUUGCGAUUCAUCAAGGUAAAACAUAUGGAUUCCUUACUUCUCAUGUGGGUGACAUAUUUAAGUUGUAAAUAGAUGCAAAGAUUGACCGUAAUGAUGAACUGAAGGGGAACUAAAGUUUUAUACCAGCACCAAUCUCACCUGUUGGGAAGCUUCACAGUCAAGUGGUCAGCUGGAGAUGUCAGAUCCCUGAACACAUCCAACACAGGAGCACAAUACAACCAAGACACAGACUGCUAGAUGAUCUAAAACAUCUUAACCCCAUCCGCAGAAACACGUCACGAUACGAGUUUGAAUUCUACCAGGUAGCCAGCAAAGUAAACUUGACUUAAUUAAAUCAGAGAUUUUGAAAACUUGUAGGAAUUUGAUGACCAAGAUUGUCAUAAAAACACACAGGGUUCCGUCAGAGAAGGAUAUUUGUGCCACUGAUCCUGCUUGUCCUGUCAGUGACUACUGACUUUGGUUAACUCAUGUCUGCCCCCUGCUGGAGUUACGGAAUUCAUUGUUAUUAACUCUCCACUACAUUGAGGCAUUGUAUGAAUGAGUCGUGCCAGGAAUUUCGUCUCGGACAAAAACACCCAGUUACUUGUUCAGUUUAUAUAAAAUGAAUUUAACUAAAUCUAGUCCCAAAAUCUAGUCCCAUAAUGUUAAUCUUCAAGUGGAAUUGGUAGUAAAGGAAGCAAAGUCAAGAGGGCUUGUUUACAAAACGGGGAUGUAAUGCUGAGACUCUAUGAGGCGCUGGUAAGGCCACAUUUGGAAUAUUGUGUGCAAUUGCAGACACCAUAACUGAGGAAGGAUGUGCUGGCUCUGGAGAAGGGCCUGAGGAGGUUUACAAGAAUGAUCCCAGGAAUGAGUAGGCUAAACUAUGAUGAGCUUUUGUCGGCACUGGGCCUGUUCUCGCAGGAGUUUAGAAGAAUGAGGGGGGACUGCAUUGAAACAUACAGAAUAGUAAAAGGCUUGGAUAGAGUGGAUGUGGAGAGGACGUUUCCACUAGUGGGAGAGUUUAGGACUAGAGGUCACAGCCUCAGAAUUAAAGAACUUUCUUUUAGGAAGGAGAUGAGGAUACAUUUUUUGAGUAAAAAUAUCCACUGACGUAGGCUCCACAGCCUUCUCUGACAAAGAAUUUCACAGAUUCACCACCAUUUCAGUGGAUAUUUUUAAGGCAGUGAUAGAUAGAUAGAUUUAUGAUUAGUACAGGUGUCAGAAGUUUUGAGGAGAAGUUUGGAGAAUGGAUUUAGGAGGGAGAGGUUGAUCAGCCAUUAUUGAAUGGCGGAGUUCUUGAUGGGCCGAAUGGCCUAAUUCUACUCCUAUCACAUGAUAUUAUGACCUUAUAAGUAUUGAAAUGUGGUAUCAAUGUGCUGACCAGGAUUGUUACCAACAUUUAUGGGCGAUCUUCAGAGGGAGAUUUGUGCCAUAACUCUGUCUGAUUUGUCAGUGACUGAAGUUUCUGGUGACUCAGUGUUGCCACAUGUUGGAAUCGCUAGGUUCACUGUUAUUAACUGUCUAUCAUGUUGAGGCAUUGCUUGAAUUAGAUUUGUCAGGGAAACUAGCAUUCACCUUAGUCUAGGCUUUUUCUCCAGACAUUUGUUUGUCCAGACAAAGAUCCUCUUGCUCACAUACACCUGGAAAUUGAGAUGUUGUGACGAAUGCCCCCCUGUAAUGAAAGUCCACCAACACAAGCAACAUCCUGAUGAAUCUUUGUAGGAAGGAAGUGCAGGUGCUGGUUUUAAUCGAAGAUAGACACAAAAUGCUGGAGUAACUCAGCGUGCCGGGCAGCAUCUCUGGGGAGAAGGAAUGGGUGACGUUUCGGGUCGAGAUCCUACUUCAUGAAUCAAUGAAUCGGACUCAGACCCGAUGAAUCUCCUCUGUUCCCUCUCCAGCACAAACACAUCCUUCCUUGAGCAUGUCGACCUGCACACAAUACACUAAGCGAGGCUG